UCAGGUGACCGUGGCGGCUCUUACUUAGCCGGGGACGCGGAAGGACGAGCUUUCGGAGGCCGCGGGAGAGCGUCCAGGACGGGGGCUGCGAGGCUAUGCGAGCCCCGAAGCUGCCCGGGCCGGCGCUCCCGCUGCUGAUCCUGCUGCUUCUGCUGCCGCCGCCGGGUUUCGCGGGCGGCCCCGCGCCCUUCGACCCGACUUGGGAGUCCCUGGACGCCCGCCAGCUACCCGCCUGGUUCGACAAGGCCAAGUUCGGCAUCUUUAUCCACUGGGGCGUGUUCUCCGUGCCCAGUUUCGGGAGCGAAUGGUUCUGGUGGUACUGGCAAAAGGAAAAGAUACCAGCUUAUGUGGACUUUAUGAAAAAUAAUUACCCUCCUGAUUUCACAUAUGAAGAUUUUGGACCACUAUUUACAGCAAAAUUUUUUGAUGCAAACCAGUGGGCAGAUAUUUUACAGACUUCUGGUGCCAAAUACGUUGUCUUAACUUCCAAACAUCAUGAAGGCUUCACCUUGUGGGGCUCAGAGUACUCGUGGAACUGGAACGCAGUAGACGUGGGGCCGAAGAGGGACAUCGUCAAGGAACUUGCAGUUGCGGUUAGGAACAGAACUGACCUGCGCUUCGGGCUGUACUACUCCCUUUUUGAGUGGUUUCAUCCGCUCUUCCUUGAGGAUGAAUCCAGCUUGUUCCAGAAACGACAAUAUCCAGUGUCUAAGAUGCUGCCUGAGCUCUACGAGUUAGUGAACAAGUAUCAGCCAGAGGUGCUCUGGGCAGAUGGCGAUGGAGGGGCCCCAGAUACCUACUGGAAAAGCUUAGACUUCCUAGCCUGGUUGUACAAUGAGAGCCCAGUUCGGGACACAGUGGUCACCAAUGACCGUUGGGGAGCUGGUAGCAUUUGUAAGCAUGGUGGCUACUAUACGUGUAGUGAUCGUUAUAACCCAGGACAUCUUUUGCCACACAAAUGGGAAAACUGCAUGACAAUAGACAAGUCUUCCUGGGGCUACAGGAGGAAUGCGGGAAUCUCUGACUAUCUCACAAUUGAAGAAUUGGUGAAGCAACUUGUACAAACAGUUUCAUGUGGAGGAAAUCUCUUGAUGAAUAUUGGACCCACACAAGAUGGCACCAUUUCUGCAAUUUUUAAGGAGCGAUUGAAGCAAAUGGGAAUCUGGCUUAAAGUCAAUGGAGAAGCCAUCUAUGAAACCGAUGCUUGGAGAUCCCAGAAUGACACGGUCACCCCAGAUGUAUGGUACACAUCCAAACCUAAAGAUAAGUUGGUCUAUGCCAUGUUUCUCAAAUGGCCCGUAUCAGGACAGCUCUUUCUUGCUCAGCCCAAAGCUACUCUGGGGGCAACAAAGGUUAAACUCCUGGGACAUGGACAGCCCCUUCACUGGACACCUUUGAAGGAAAAUGGCAUUAAGGUAGACCUGCCUCAGCUAACUAUUCAUCAGAUGCCCUGCCAGUGGGGCUGGGCUCUAGCACUAACUAAUGUGACCUGAUCUGCAGUAGAGUGCUUCCUCAUGCGGUUAUAUCUAAGACUGGAAUGUAUAUCAGGUUUCUGUAAUUAUAGCACAUGGAGAAAGCAAAUGUAAAAUUGGCCAAGAAUUUCCUAAAUUACCCAUGUAACUUUUAACUGUCCAAUGCACUUUGCUAUGUCUCUUCACACUGCAUUUAUUUCCAUGUGUGAAUCAGAGGUGGGGAUCUUUGUUGUAGUGAGAAAUUGGUGGUGGUAAGGACUGAAUCAUGUCUAAUGCCAAAUUCACAUUUUGAAACUCUAAGCCUCAAUGGGGCUUCCCUGGUGGCUCAGCGGUAAAGAAUCCACCUGAAAUGCAUGGGACAUGAGUUUGAUCCCUGAGCUGGGAAGAUCCCCUGGAGAAGGAUGGGAUUUGGAGAUGUUAAAGAAGUAACUAAGGUUAAAUGAAGACAUCAGGGUGGGACCUUAAUCCAAUAUGACUGGAGUCAUAAGAAGAGGAAGAACACGGAUGGAAGCACACAGAGGAAAGACCAUUUAAGGACACCGUGAGAAGGCGGCCAACUGCAAGCCAAGGAGAGGCCUCAAGAGAAACUAAACCUGCUGAAACCUUGGGCUUUCAGUCUGCAGAACUGUGAGAAAAUAAGUUACUGUGGUUUAAGCACCCUGUCUGUGGUAUUUAGGACAACUCUAGCAGACUAAUAAGGGCGUCCCAGGUGGCUCGGUGGUGAAGAAUCCACCUGCCGAAGUGGGAGAUGCUGGUUCAGUCCCCGGGUUGAGAAGAUCCCCUGGGGGAGGGAAUGGCUACCCACUCCAGUAUUCUUGCUUGGAAAAUUUCAUGGACAGAGGAGCCUGGCAGGCUAUGGCCCAUGGAGUUGCAAAAGAGUCAGACACAACUUAGUGGCUAAACAACAACAACAAAGACUAACACAGGGUCAUAGGUAUAUAAUAAACUGGACUUAAUGCUUAUGCUUACAGUAACUGUCUUUUUAUAAAAAAAAAUGUUGUCUUUUUCCUUCAUGGUAAUAAAACUGAUAUAUUUACUAUAGAUAUUUAAAAAUAUACAGAAAUGCCUAAAGACAAAAUCACUAAGGUCACCAUUAUUAAUAUUUUAGUAUUUAUUCUUCCAGGGUUUUUUUUGGGUGGAGGCAGGUGAGGGUAUAGGAUUGGAGGUGUGGGCUUAUUUUGUAGGUGGGCUAAUUUGAGGUCCAAUUUAAAUGAGUUUUUUUCCCCUGUAUUUAUUUGCCUUUAAGCAAUUUGAAGUUGAAAACCUUUCUGAAAAUUAUUGUGUAUUCAGAUUUUCCCUAAGAAUGACGCAAAAUACUGAUACUGAUGUAAAUUUAAAGAAACACUGAUUAAAGAACUCACUUCCCUUAAUAAAAGAUGUUCCACAAAGUUAGAUAUUUAA